UUUAAUUUUAAUUGGCGUUGGCGUUUGGCAUUUGACUAACCGCGUUACAAAAAUGUCAAACAUUAUUAAAAACUGAGCGAAGUUCAUGUAAUAACUGUAGAUAAUGACAAGGAAAAAUAUUAAACUGAUACCCAGAAUUGAUAAUUGAUAAAUUAUUAGUUUUUAAACUUACCGAGGAUAGCAUACAGUUGAUAAAGUUAAAAUGAGUAACCGAAAAAGAAAGCCACUUUCGCAGUUAAGUGUAGAUGAGGAAGCAAAUGCCUCCACAUCUCGAAAAAAAUCAAGAAUUCCAGAGGACGAAGAUAAUAAUAAUUCACAGAAAAGAGCGGGUACGAUUAUGUACAUGAUCUUAAAAAAUUUUAUGUGCCAUUCUUUGUUGGAAGUAAAUUUCACUAAUAAUAUAAGUAUCGUCAUUGGGAAAAAUGGCAGUGGUAAAAGUGCCAUUUUAACAGCUCUAGUCGUUGGUUUGGGAGGAAAAGCAAGUCUUACUAAUAGAGGCUCAAGCGUAAAAGGUUUUGUAAAAGUGGGCAAAUCCUCUGGGAGUAUAGAAAUUGAAUUAUAUAAUGAAGGACCUAUGGCCUAUAGGCCAAAUGUUUAUGGCAAACGUAUUACAAUUAUUCGUAAUUUGUCAGCAAAUGGAAGUGGAAGCUACAGAAUACGAUCAGAAAAAGGUGAAAUUAUUUCUACACAAUCUCGUGAAGUUCAGAAUAUAACUAUAAGUCUCAACAUUCAAGUUGAUAAUCCUAUAUGUAUAUUAAACCAAGAUACGUCUAGAAAUUUUUUGAGCAGUAACGAUCCUAAAAACAAGUUUACUCUGUUUAUGAGAGCAACUAAGCUGGAAACUCUUGAAUCUGAAUAUAAAAAAAUUGAAACAAACAAAACUAAAUCAAUUCAGACUAUGACAGAGAAAGAAAAUAGUUUUAGGAAACUGCAAGAUGAAAUAAAACGGUUGAAAAGGAAGAUCGAGGGUCACAAAACGAUUAUAAGUCUAAAGGACAAGAAGAGUAAUUUACAUAGGGAACUGGUUUGGGCCAAAGUCAGAGAUUCCGAAGAAGAGCUAGAACAAGUGACAUCUAAAGUAAACGAUUUAGAAAGAAAAUGGAAUGAAUCAAAGUCGAAUUCUGACAAACAAAUGGAUCGGGUCGCCAAACUUAAAAAUAAAAUUCUGGAAUUGGAGCAACAAAUACAUGAAGUAAAAGAUCAGAUUCGGGUGCAGACUAUGCCUCAAAACGAUAUCAGACGGCAGCUUGAGGAAUUAUCGAGAAAGUAUAAUGACAAGAAGAGAGAAAAACAACAGAUUCAAACGACUAUCGAUGCCAAAGCUAACGACAUCAAGUCUUUGGAGGAAGACAUCAGUUCUUCAAAUGAAAAUAUGACCAAAGUCGAGCAGCAAAAGAUACAGAGAAUGAAACAGCUAGAAGCUUUGCAAAAUAAACAGAAGGGCAUAGACGAUCACUUGGAGACUAUUAAGAAUGACCUUUUUCAGAUAAAAGGCCAUUUAUCUCAAAAAGAAGAAGAAGAACAAACUCUUCGCCAGGAAAUUCAACAAAUAGAUCACAGAAUUGCUGGCGAGAAAGAGAAUUUGAAUGCUGUUAAACAAGAAUCUGGGAAUAAUUUACUACUUUACGGGAGGAAUAUGCCGAGAGUUAAACAAAUGAUAGAACAGUACAAAGGAAGAUUUGAACAUGAACCUAGAGGUCCUCUCGGGUCCUACAUAAAAUUGAAAGACAAGAAAUGGGCAGUGGCGGUAGAAGGUUACCUGGGCACCGGCACCUUGAGUGCCUUUGCAGUUGAUAACAACAGGGACAGUAAGCUCUUGAGAGAAAUUUUUAAUAAAGUAUGGUCAGACGGUAGACAACCUCAAAUUAUAACUUCGAAAUUUAUAUAUAGGAAACAUGAUGUGUCGAGGAAUCUGGUUCGAGCACCUGAAGAUUGUGUGUGUCUGUACAAUGCUAUAGAAAUAGACGAUGCGGUUGUGUCAAAUUGUAUCGUUGACAGUUCCUUUCCGGAAAGUAUUUUGCUCGUUCCAAACGAUCAGAGAGCUCAAGAAUUAUUGUCUAACAGACAGUAUGUACCACAGAACUGUAGCCAGGGGGUUACCAUCAAAGGCGAUAGGUACUAUCCGGACCCGAAUUACAGGACAUAUGGCUCUCAGUACCAUCGAGCCAAGUAUCUUCAGGUUGAUACCAAAGAAUAUAUGCAGCAAUUGGAACAAAGUAUUGAAACUUUUAAAAGAAAGCGGCAAGCCAUAAACAAUCAGCUUAACGCCUUUAUAAGUGACGUGAGGGAGCAAGUUGCAAAAAAGAACCAGUUGGAAGAAAAAAUAAGGAAGAUAAAUCAAGCCAGGGUUCAAAUCAGAAGGCAAUUAGAGGAACUGAAUUCCUCUGCUGAGCCAGAAGUGCAAAAUGUUCAAUAUUUGGAGCAAGAACUAGAGGAAGUCAAGAAGGUCCUGAACGACAAGAAGGCUUCUUUGGGGCAGGUGUCCGAGGACUUGAAACAAAUAAAAUUAAAAAUCGUGGAAAAGGAGCAAGAAAUGAAUCAACUGAAGGAGUCUACGAAGGGAUUUGAAGAUAGAGUUCAAGCCUUACAGGAGGAAAUUCGAGAAUAUCAAACGAAACAGAAGGAGGUGUCCACCAGUGAUGAGUUCGACAAAAGAAAAAUUAAGGAAUACGAGAGAAGGGUGAACGAGGCUCGUGCAGAAAUGGUUCUUAGACAAAAUGCCUUAAUACGAUACGAGGAGGAAGCCACAUCCGUAGGAGAACGAUUACCAGAUUUAAGGACUGUGGUAGACAUAACAAACGACAUAAACCAGAUCAAGCACAAGAUACAGAGAAUAGAAACAGAUUCUGAAAACGCUACCGAGGUUAUGGACCGAUAUAACGAGUUGUCGGCAAAGUACACCCAGUCCAAGGAUAUAAUGCAGAGUCUACACAAGGAUGUUCAGGAACUGAUCACCGCAAUGGAGAGACGGAACAGACAUUACAAACUGACGGAGAAUCAUUUCAUCGACAUAAUUAAACAUUCAUUCAGAAAAAUAUUAGAAGCCAGACAGUUUGAAGGCACAAUAGAGAUCAACAUGCGUGAGAAGAAAUUGGAGCUAAUCGUGAUACCUCAGCACGGUUCACAGGGGCUUACCACCACUUCCAACUUAUCCGGGGGCGAACGGUCAUUUUCCACGGUGGCGUUUUUGUAUUCGCUGUGGCACUGCAUGGAAUUCCCCUUUUAUUUCCUGGAUGAAUUUGAUGUUUAUAUGGAUAAGUUGAACCGUACGAAGGUCAUAGAUAUUCUACUUCAUCACGCCAAGUCCAAGCCGGAGUUGCAGUUCGUGUUCCUCACACCUCAAGACGUUUCCUUUAUUAAUAAAGACGUUUCCAUAUUGAGGUUACAGGACCCCGAGCGGUUUAACAUGUAGAGUUUGCAUUUGCGUGAUAUUUCCUUCAGAAUCAGAAAUAAUAUAUUUUUGUAACUUUAUUACGGAAAUACUUUUAUAUGGUAGUAUAGCUGUUAUUAUAGUCUACUUGUUUUUU